AUGGCGCUCUUCAACGCGACUGGCGCCGGCCCGAGCGCCAGCGCCGGCCCCUCGCGCAAAACAGGCAUGUGGGAACCGCUGCCACACAUCUACUCGGGUCUGGUGGUCCACCCUUUCCAUCCAUCGUCCUCCUCCCCGCCUCCCUCCCCGACAACAACUAUUCGAUCGCAGCAGCAAAAGAAUCGCUUCUCCUGGUCAGGAGUCCCAUCGUCAGCCGCCGCCAACGAUGUCUUCUCCGCGGCACGCGGUAACCCGCAUGAAGUCAGCCUGGAUGUCGGCGACGAGUUCUUUGCGUUUGAGGAAUACCACAGCGGAGAGGAUGCCGACGAUUCUGUCUGGUACCGAGGAUACAUCGUCCAGGGCGUCUCCCUGCAGCAACUAAUGCCUUCGUCCGACAACCCGUCCGGGUACCCAAAAGUCGAGCCAAGUGUCCUCAUCGGCAUCUUCCCCGCCGCCGCCGUCCAUGUGCGACGGAACGCCGUAACGGAGAGCGAGGUCCUCACCAUCGCGUACGAGACCGCACGCGAGAUGGCAGAGGACCGUGCGCGACAGUUGCGCAACGAGAUGGAAUCCGUGCGCGAAGAGGAGGAGGACGGAGACGGGGGCUUCCUAAACGGCGGCGCGUCCGCCGUCGCCAACGGCUCGGCCAGCAUCAUCAAGCGCAACCGUCGCCCAGCGUCUCUCCUGCUUGCUCAACCACGCGAAAAGGAGCAGCCCCCAUUGCCAGCUCUCACAGCUGGCGACUCCACCGUGGCGGGCCAACAAUGGCCGCUUGUUGAUGAGAUCGCAUGUGCCAUCCGCGAGUGGUAUGCCUGUUUGCCUACAUACCUGUCUAUGCGCGAGUACCGCCUGUUCAAUGCGGUCGUCCAGCACAUUGACGCGCUCUUCCUCGGUCGCCGGCAGCUGCUGUCCCAGAUGCUCAGCGGCGACGAGCUUGUGCGGAUCCGACGGGAGUGCGUCUCGCGCCUGGUCAAGUGUAACGUCGCCCAAGGACUCGAGGUCAUUGUGCGAAGUCUCGAGGACGGCAGCGUUGUUGGUAUCGACAAGGACCGCGCCCUCACUCGGUCAGGUUGGAUGGGAGGUGUCAUGGCGUACAAGAACCAGGUCCAACUCGCAUACAUCGACCUGGUGCCGCUGGACGCGCUCUUUGGCAAGCCAAAUGUUCCACGACCACUCGCCGCCAUCAAGGGCGCGCCGAACAUGAGCCAAGACCCAAGCCGAGGAGGAGAGGUGGAAAAAUCCACUUCCCCCAGCGGUUAUCACUGCCUGCUCGACUUCCGCGCGUUUGUCGCCAGCCCGUGUUCGCCUGGAGAGACAUGCGAGCUCUUCUUCUCACUGUACAGCAAGGCGCAAGGCAAGUUCCUGACAGAAGAAUUCUGCCUCAUCCUCAACCACAACGGAAGCCCAGCACGCGACGCUGAGCGCCGACUCGGCAAGCUGCGAACACUGUUUGCCGACCUCCGCACCGACGACGUUGCCCCCGGUACCUACCUCGUCUGCCGUAUUGUCCGCAACGGUAACAUGAAGAUGGCCGCUGAAGCCAGCUCGGUCGGGCAGGUCGAGACAACGCGUAGCAGCCGGGCCAACAAGCGCAGCAGCGUCCUCUUCAGCAACCACGACCCCCAUUCUCGUCGUUGGCGCAGCUCACUCUCCAUCUCGGACAGUGUGACCGACGACUCGGGAUCCAUGGUCUCGGGAUACGAGCCAAAGCGCACCCAGACCAUCGACACGCUCAUGUCUCAGUCAACCGCACAAGGUGGACGGGGCACCAUUCGCCGUCCACUCGGGUGUGCCAUCUUUGAGCUGCCAUCCAUCUCGCGCCUCUCUGGUGACGCCAGCGGCGACGACUUGGUCAUGCCCAUCUAUGUGGCGAGGGACGAGUCUACAUUCGCGACCCUGCAUGCCGACAUUAUUCUCCACAACGACCGCAUGUACGAGCAGUCGCCUCGCGCUCAAGGGAUUGCGCUUGGCCUGCGCCUGUUCCACGGCCCCAUCGACCAGGUCAUCCGUGAACACCCUGCACUCCUUCUCGAAACUCCACAGACCGCUCGUCUGGGCUUUCCUGAUGUUGUGCCACCAGGCCUUGUCCGCAAUGACCUCUACAUCAAGCUCUGGGAUGCCUCGUUCUCCACAAUGUUCCCGGCAGGCGGCACCCUGCGUGUCAGGAAAACUGUCGCGCCCAUCCCGGCCAGUACGCAGGUGUCGCUCGAAGUCCGUCGCGCAGAUGGUACUCUUGUCCCCGACUCGCUCUUUGCGGGUGGAUCCGGCGAGCCUCCCUCGGCUCAGUACAACUCGAUCGUGUACUACCACAACGACAGACCUACGUUUGGUGAGCUCAUCAAGGUUGCUCUCCCUCAAGGCUCGGGCGACUGCCACCUGUACCUUUCGUUCAAGCACCGCACGCGUGAGCGCGAAGGCAUCAAUGGAGAGGGUGAAAAGCCGUUCGCGUUUGCGUAUCUCCCUCUCUUUUCGCACAACGCCUCGAUCAAGGACGGCAAACACGAACUCGUUCUUUACCACAUGGAGAAGGCUGCCAUUCAGCCCACGCCCAACCUCUAUUUUGAGGUGCCGUCCACUGGCGAGCCCAAGCUUUCACCCGAGUCGGCACGCUACAUGACCGCUCUGCGCGACCGCCUGUCGCUGAGGACGUUCCUGUGUUCCACCCUCCACACCCAGGACGACACGCUGCGGGCACUCUUUGCUUGGCAGAGUGCCGACGCCGCCGCCUUGUGCCAAACUCUACAGAUGUUUGGUUUUGUUGGUGAGGACGAGAUUGCCAAGUUCCUCCAGCCCGUGCUAGAUGCGCUCUUUGCCAUCCUCGUGUCUCACCUGGGCGACCGCCGGGAAGAGGUCGACGACCUAGUGUUCAAGGGUCUCAUCAAGGUGCUUUCCAUGGCGACCGACCGUCGUUUCCCGUCGUUUGACCCAAUCAUUGCCGCAUACACGAGCAAGCACUUUGCGUUUGCGUCGUCCGCCCCACACCUCCUGCGUGCCAUGAAGGCUGUCAUGGGUCGCCCAGCAUCGCAAGAAUACCGCUCGCUGCUCAAGGUCUGGCACAACGUGUUCCGCUUCGUUAUCCGUUCCCGCGAACUUGACAGGUCCCGUGGCUCGUCGCUCGGCCCCACCUCUGCGCAGAUGGAGGCAGACUUCAAGAGCCAGACGCGCGACAUACUUGGCGAGAUCAACGAGAUCAUGCUUCGCUCAGACAAGGCGUUGAUCGGUUCGCAGACACUUGCAGUCCAGCACUAUGCCGACAUUCUGCCAGACCUCGUGCAAGUCUUCUCGCCCGCGGAGAUUGUCGAGAUGGUCAUCGAGUUUACCGACACCCUCACCCGUGCCCAAGGCAACCUUGCAGUCUACAAGCUUCUCUUGAUUUUGCAGAUUGUCACCACUCUGCUCGAGUUUAACGAAACGCGCGCCGACCUCAUCCCUGCCAUUGUCCGUUGGGUCAAGCCUCACGUGGGCCGCUACGAAGAGGACCUGUACUCGGCUCGCGGUGAGACGCAGGCCCUCAAGGAUAGUCGCCAGAUCAAGUGGCUCGAGUGCAACCGACUCGCCGUCUCGGUCAUGGCAUGGACUGUUAACAAGCUUCAGGAGCUGCUCGACUCGCCGAUCAUCAAGUCUGAUCCGCUCGCUCUCGCACAGGAAGAGGACAACAUUGAGUACUGCCUGUCAAUCUUUCCGGGACUGUUGGACUCGUACCACCACCUCGCCAGCGAUGACACCAUGGCGCUGCUGGAACGUCACCUCCAGUCGCCGACCGUUUGGAAGGACACUCCCGAUACCUUCCCUGCUUCCCAUCCAUUCGCUCUCGUGUCGCAUCUGCCCCCUCCUUCGCUGUUUGGUCAAGAAGACGACCUGCCCGCGGCUGGCACGUUCAAGUGUGCGCUUGCGGAAGUCGCCGUCGUCAUCUUUGCUCUCGUCAUCGCCGCUCCGCGCAACGCCCUAGUCAGCUGGCUCGAGGAAAAACUCGACAUGGACGGCGUCACCAGCGUCAAGGACAUGCUCAAGAACUCGUUCAACGUCUUUGACUCGAUUAUUCACUUUGAGGCGUUCCCGAACCAGUGGCUCACGUUGUCUGGUCUGGCAUUCACUGCCGUUGUUCGCUACUUUGACCCCGUUAUCGCCUUCCUGUCGCGUGAGGACUUUGUCCCUCCUAUCGAGGACAUGGACCGCUUUGACGUCGAGCUGUGGACGCGCUGCAUCGAGCUCCUGUGCGACCUGCUGUCCAGCCCCGAGCUCGCUCUCGAGGAGCAAGGUCUCCAGCGUCGCCGAGCUGCGUGGAUCAUUGCUGGCGAUCUGCGCGACGACGGAGCAUCCCUCCUUCGCAAGCUGUGGAAUGCCAUCGGCUGGGAGGCCAUCGACUCGAGGGAGACCAGCCGCUACGGCGGCUACCAGACACGCUUCACGGGUCUGGCGGAGCGUAUCCUCACGCUCUGCCUGUCGUCGCACGAGAGGUUGUGCGAGUCGGCUGUCGACAUUCUGUUCUCGAUGAUUUACGCCGAAUACGUCCUCGAUGGCAAGUUUAACACGAUCCAGACCGAAAUCUUCCAGAAGCUGGAGCACUUGUUCACGACCAGGUCGUCUACCGCGUCCGAGUCGGUUGCACGUGCCUACUUUGUGUCGCGUCUGCGUGCAGUCUUCGAAGCCACGCCCGAGAUUGAUGCCAACUUCCGCACGCAUGUCGGUACCUUCCUCGACCAGGUGGAGCUCUUCAUCGACCUGCUCAUGGCGGUGCGUGACCUGCCCGAAACGCCCCAGUGGAAGGAAGAGCGCGUGGCUGCCACUGUCCGUCUCAUGGAGUUCUUCUCUCAAGUGGGCCGUGACGACCUCUACAUUCGCUUCGUCCACCACCUCGUCGCGAUCAACGCAGCCGCAGGCGAUUGGUUUGGUGCCGGUCUUGCGCUGCGCAUGCACGCCGACCUGUACGAGUGGACAGUAAAGGGUGAGCUCGUCGACGAGUUUAGCCAUGGCGAUAUCAAGGUGCCGGCCCAGAGCCAGUUUGAGCGCAAGGAGGCCAUCCUCUACCACGUUCUCGACUACCUGGCGGAAGCAGAGGCGUACGAGCAGGCUGCCGAGAUCUGUCAAGAGCUCGUCACCCAGCAUCGUUUGAUCACCUUUGAUGUCGACCGCAUCUCCGAGCUGCUCAUCCACGAGGCCAAGCUCUGGGAACAAAUCGGCACCUCGACACGUCCCAAGCCCGAGUACUUCCGCGUGGCCUACUUUGGCAACUUUACGUCGCUCGAUCUCGACAAGGAGUUUAUCGUUCGCGGUGCGCCAUGGCAACGUUAUGUCGACUUUUGCGAGACCCUCCAGGCCAAGCACCCCGAUGCGCAGAUCCACCGGUCCAAGAUUCCGCCGUCAGACUCUGCACGCUACGGUACCGAGCCUGUCAUCUGGGUCACGUCGGUCGCGCCAGCGCCGGACAUUAAGCACCCCGUCUUCCGCAAGGGCGUCAACCCGCAUGUCCAGGCAUAUUACCGCGCCAACGCGGUCAACAAGUUUGAAACUAUGCGUCCGUACAAUAUCGACCCGGAAGAGCGCGAGAGCGUACUGCAGUGGCUCGAGAAGACGACCAUCACCACUGCCAACGACCUUCCGGCUCUGCAAAGCCGUGCCGAGGUGAUUCAUAUCCAUCACGACCACAUCUCGCCCGUCGACUCGGCGAUUGUCGUUGUCCUCCGCGCCGAGCGCGAACUGCGCAAGCUCGCCGAGGCCGUACCGGUGGACGUCAAGCUUCUCGGUACCGCCCUGAACGGCGCUGUCGACUCUCGUGUCAACGGCGGUAUCCCUGUUUACAAGAAGCACUUCCUCGACGAAGCAUACGUCGAUCGCCACCCAGGAGAGGCCAAGAACGUCGCCACCCUUCGCGACGCCGUCCUCUCGUACGUGCGUACGAUCCAAAAGGGUCUCCGUGCGCAUGCCAGUGUCAACAAGGACAUUGCGUUCCACGAGGCACUUCGCACCUUGUACAACAAGGCCUACGCCGAGGAGAUUCUUAUCCUCCCGCCCAUGUCGGACGACGACGGCAUGCUCAGCCCCCUCUCCCCGAUUGCCCGGUCUACGCGCGAUGUGUCGCCUGUCAUCGCUAGCUUGGCGCGUGUUUCGUCCAUCCCCGAGUCGGACGGUACCAAGAGCAGGGACAGUUACGUGCUGCCUGCUCUGCGCGUCGGUCCUCGGGGCACCAUGCACCAGACACAACCUAGCGUCACGAGUGUCGCCAGCGCCAGCGUCGCCAGCAGCGCUCACGGUCACAGCAACAGCCUUCGCAAGGCCAGCGCAGAUGGCGGGUUACCUGGUAUUCUCCUCACGCACACAUCUGGUCUCCAGCGUUCGGGCUCCAGGAGGACGAAUGGCAACGGCCACAUCCCGCGCGCGUCCGAUGACAGUCAGUCGGUCACGCCCAGCACGGCCAAGGUACCGCCCCAGUUCCAACGGUCGUUCAGCAUGGCCAGCGCCGUCACGUCGCGCAUGAGCAUGAGCAUGAGCGAGGCUGGUGACAGGCCAAUGACGCCUCCUGCCUGGUCUCCAGCACCGGCUCCGGCGUCAAGCCUCAGUGUGCCCCAGGCGACGACGCCACUGCCAACUACACCCACCACCCCGACCGGUCCGGCGGUGGCUUCGGCCCCGCCGUCUGCGAUGAGGGCAACCCCCAGCACGCGCGCGAGCAUGAUGUCUGGCAGCCCGGGCGCGGGAGCGGACCGCAACGGCGCCCCAGCACCUGCAGGACCUGUGGCUGCUGCUGCAGCCGCGGCCAAGCGCGAAAACACGUUGAAGAGGUUUGGAAGCCUGCUCCGUCGUUAA